AUGGUUUAUCGUGGCAAGCCGAGUGCUGCGUGUGAGCGCUGCCGGCAUCGCCGCCUGAAGUGCGAUUAUAGGACGCCUUCAUGUACUCAGUGUAUUCGAGCCGACGUCAGCUGUCCUGGAUACCGAAAUUUACUGGAGCUUAAGUUUAAGGAUCAGAGCAAGGAGGUCGUUCGCAAUUAUCGACUUCCUGCGAGCAAGAAGCGCCCUGCGUCAACGAGCACUGUAGAGCCUCAGACAUCAAUUCCAACUGGAAUACCUCGAGAUUCGGACGAUUUUGGAGCUCUGUGCUGCGAAAAGACGGCUUUAAGUAUUCCAAGGGCUAAUCUUGUGUACCCUGAGCAAGAAAUUGCAAGAAGCUAUCUCUAUGCUAAUUACAUAAUUGGAGGUCCCCGCUGCGGCCAUAUGUCAUAUCUUUUGCCACUCAUCGAGAGAUCACGAAAUUCGGCAGUCAAUGCCGCAGUAAGCGCCGUCGCAUUAGCGGCCCUGGCAAAUAUUCGACUGUCUCCCAAGACCAUGCUGAAGGCACAACAGGAGUAUACUACGGCCUUGUCUAAAACCAAUCUAGCCCUGAAGGACCCAUCCAUGUGCAAGACAGAUGGUAUACUGGCAGCGGUAGUUAUGCUUGGCAUGUUUGAAGUCAUGACAUGUACUGAUGGCUCAUUUAUCGAUCGUUGGGUGAAUCACAUGGAAGGCGCAACAAAGUUAAUAGAGCUUCGCGGAUCAGCGCAACUUUCUCGGCAGGAGGGGCUGGAUUUAUUCACUCAGUUACGUGCUCAAGUGGGCAUCAUUCGAAUAUACCAGGAACGAUACAGCUCGUCGGUUUUUACUAACCUAACCGAAGAUAUCCAUCUAGAUCGGAAUCCUGAUGAUCAAAUCAUAGACCAACUUUUCAUUGCGAUUACUCGGUUAACAGACUUUUGCGCCAACAUAAAGAAUAGACAUAUCGUCGAGCCCAAGGAGAUCAUUGGCACAGCUCUAAAAAUCGACGCGGAAUUGGUAUCACUGAUGAUCAGCGUGCCUCCUUUGUGGAGAUACGAUACGGUUAAGGUUCCAAUGCUCGAUGGAAAGCCCAUAACCCAGGCUUUUUGGGGUAAUAGUUACCACAUCUAUCACAGCAUUUACGCAAGUAGCAUGUGGAAUAACUACCGCUCAGCUCGUAUCAUUAUUCAGGAACUUAUCAUCAACGCCGUCAAGGAUCUAGAAAGUAUCACAAACGAUAACAUUGGCUACCCACAACGUAGCAACUUGACAAAUCAAGCCAGACAGACUUGUCUUCAACUGGUAGAAGAUAUCUGUGCUAGCGUACCAUACAACUUGGGCAUGGAAAUAGAAGACUCUGGACACUUGGGAUCUUCUGCUCCAGGCGCUUCUGUUGGCCAUGGGUUAGAUAUUGGGGCUACUCUAUCAUCCUUUCAAAUUACCGGGGCAGGCGGCCUCACCAUUAUGUGGCCGCUCUUGGUUGCUGGGAACUCCCCAAUCGCGUGCGGCGAUCUUCGCAAAUGGAUUGCAAUCUGUCUGGACAAAAUUGGUCAUUCUAUGGGCAUUAAUCAAGCGCUGGCUAUGUCUAAAUUGAUACAAGAUGGGGUUCAGUCAAGGGUGUUCCUAUCGCCAGAAUAUCAAUCUCAGCCCUACAAAUCAUAG